AAACGAGAUAGUUUUUUUACCGACUUCGAAAAAGGAGUUGGUUACUCCAUUCGACAUGUAUUUAUAUUUUUUGUUUUUGUUUCCAAACAUCUAACGGAAAAUCGUACGUUAAUCGUGUUAAGAUAAACAAAAAUCUCACCGUCACUUUAAUUUGGAGAUAAUCUAAAAGUGAAUUUGCUCUGUAAAACAUUGAAACACGCAUAAAAUGUAUAAGAAUAUGAUAUAAAUUAUUCUUUAUUUUAAAUACUAUUGUGUUUCGUGUGCAGCAUUAAGGUUAUAGUAUGAGUCAUUGCGUAGUGAAAACAACAAAACUUUAUGUUUCUUUGUUCUGAUAGCUGCUAACAUUUUGUAUUCUUUAGUAGCCAUUAGUAUGUAGCUACUUAUAUUUUCGUCAUGGUCGUUUAAUUUUACUUCUUUUAUCAGUACAGUGUUUUCAGUCGACGAAAUAUUCGGACCAAAGAUAAUUUGUUUACAAGCAAAAAACACAAGAUAUAUCAGAAUGAUUGAUAAAGGAAUGAAUCAUUUGAUUAACAAAACCAAUUUGGGGAAGUCGUCCCUAUCAAAGAAUGAUUCAGUGACAGAAUCUCUAAAAGCAAAUAUGUCAAGAAAAAUUGAUGCAAACGAAAAAAAGCAGCAUCUAACGAAAAAUAUACCUCUAAACUUAUAUUUAAAAUACAUAUUGCCAUGUGAUUUCUUGAGAUUAACGUUAAUUAUUAGUUUGUUCUGUGCUUUAUUAUUGUUUAUAAGACAGGCUAAGUAUGUUGUUGUCGAGGUAUGUGAGAUAAACAUAAAUUUUGACAAUGACAAUGAAAGUUCUCAAAAUAACAACUAUGAAUUAAUUGAUCCCUCCAAUGAUAUAAUUAUUAACGAAAGAUAUAAGUACGAUGUAACAUUCAUCGAUGCUGUAUUUCAAGCACCCAAAACUAUGCAAUGCAAUAAUGUUCCGGAAAUAUUACGUUUCGAUUGCCAUCCUGAAAAUGGAAUAUCGGAAUCAUCUUGCAUGCAAAGAGGGUGUUGCUGGAAACCUGUCUCCAAACAGAAUUUAACUUCUCAACAAGUUCCUUUGAAAGUUCCAUAUUGCUAUUAUCCAAAGAAUUGGAGUAUAUAUAAGUAUGAAAAUUUUAGCAAAGAUGGGAAUGAUUUUUCAGGGUUUCUUAAACAAACAGGAAAUUCCUUUUAUAAAAAUGAUCUACCUCUUAUUAAAGUAGAAACUACCAGUAUAGAUGAAUCAAUAAUGCGUUUAAAAAUAAGCGACGCCUUAAAACAACGAUAUGAACCACCAUGGCCUAUCAGGACCAACUCUAAACUAUUUUCUCAAAGAAAUACUAAUACAAAGUAUAAAUUAGAUACUGAUAAUACCAAACCAGGUUUUAAAGUAUAUAGGACCGACGGUGACACAGUGAUAUUUGACUCUAUCGAUAUCGGAGGUUUCAUAUUUGCUGAUCAAUUGUUGCAAAUAAGUGCUCUUUUGCCGUCUCAUAAUAUUUACGGUAUCGGCGAGCAUCAGACAAACUUAAAAUUAAAUACCAAUUGGCAAUCUUUUACCUUUUUUAAUAAAGAUCAACCGCCGAUAGAAAAUGCAAAUUUAUAUGGAACUCAUCCUUUUUACUUGAUAAUGGAAGAUUCCGGGAAAUCUCACGGAGUUCUGUUCCUUAACAGUAACGCUAUGGAUGUAAUACUGCAGCCAUCGCCUGGUAUAACAUUUCGAACUAUUGGUGGUAUUUUCGAUAUAUAUUUCUUCUUGGGACCAACACCAACAGAUGUUAUAAAACAGUACUCUGAAAUAGUGGGCAAACCUUUUCUCCCUCCCUAUUGGUCCUUAGGUUUUCAUUUAUGCAGAUACGGAUACGGAACUUUAGAAAAAACGAAACAAGUAUGGAACAGAACUAUAGCAGCAGGAAUUCCAUUUGACACUCAAUGGAACGAUUUAGAUUACAUGGAUAAAAAUGACGAUUUUACGUACAAUUCGGAUAAGUUCAAAGAUCUGCCACAAUUCGUGAAUGAAAUGCAUUCUAGAGGAAUGCAUUACAUUCCCUUAAUCGACGCUGGUAUAUCUGGUUUUGAUAGUAACGGAACUUACACGCCGUAUGUCGAGGGUCUGAAAGAAGAUAUAUUCGUAAAGGAUGGAGAAACUAAUCAACCAUUUAUGGGCAAAGUUUGGAACUUAGUUUCUACCGUAUGGCCUGACUUUACAAAUCCUAAAACGAAAAACUAUUAUUUUCGUAUGAUGAAGAAUAUGCAUGAUAUUUUCGCAUUCGAUGGUGCUUGGAUCGAUAUGAACGAGCCUUCCAACUUUUACGACGGCCUUAAAGAAGGGUGUUCGAAAAACAAUUUGGAUUACCCAGAAUACGUUCCUAACGUCGUCGAAGGCAAACUCGCGAAGAAAACUUUAUGCAUGAAUGCUAAACACUAUAUAGGACCACACUACAACCUUCACAAUACCUAUGGCACCAGUCAGGCGAUAGCUACAAAUUACGCGUUGACUAAAAUUCGACAAAAAAGACCAUUUAUAAUUUCACGAUCGACGUGGGUAGGACAUGGAUAUUAUGCUGGCCACUGGACAGGGGAUAUCUAUUCUUCAUGGCACGAUUUAAAAAUGAGUAUUCCUGCAAUAUUAUCGAUGAAUUUUUAUCAAAUACCAAUGGUUGGUGCAGACAUCUGCGGAUUCAAUGGGAAUGCAACAGCUGAGUUAUGCAAUCGUUGGAUGCAACUCGGUGCUUUCUAUCCUUUCUCUCGUAACCAUAAUUCCGACGAUACAACCGAGCAAGAUCCAGUUGCUAUGGGUGAAUUAGUGGUGCGCUCAUCGAGACGUGCUCUUACAAUACGAUACUGGUUUCUACCGUAUUUGUACACUUUAUUUUUCCGAGCCCACAAAUUUGGAGAGACUGUAGCGCGGCCAUUAUUUUUCGAAUUUCUUGAUGACCCAGCCACGUACGAUAUCGACACGCAGUUCCUAUGGGGACGUUCUUUGAUGAUCGUUCCAGUUUUAAAAGAAAAUGAGAUAAACGUAACGGCUUAUUUGCCGCGCGGAUUAUGGUAUGAUUUUUAUACGAAAAAAGCUGAAUUCGCACGUGGCGAAUAUACCACGUUAGAUGCGCCACUCGAUACCAUACCGUUAAUGAUCCGUGGAGGAUCUAUUUUGCCAGGUCAGAAACCGGGUCCAACUACAACGGACAGUAGGAAAAAUGGUUUCGAGCUAUUAAUUACAUUGGAUAAAUAUAAGAAGGCAAAAGGAGAGUUAUACUGGGAUGACGGAGACAGUUUAGACUCGAUCAAAAAAGGCCAAUUUUUGUGGAUGUCCUUCGCUGUCGAGAACAAUACUCUGUCCAAUUUUAGAGCUAAGGAAGGUACAUAUAACGAGAGGAUCCUUCUUGACGUGAUAUAUAUAUGGGGAGUAACGUCCGAGGUCUCAACAGUUGUUUUGAACGGUCGUCAGAUAAGUUUCGAAUAUAAUGAUCAACAAAGUUGUAUGACCAUGACAAAUCUACAAAUGGAUCUAAGACUAAAGUUUAUACUUUAUUGGAAGUAAUUAAUCAACGACUGAUGAUUGUGAAAAACAUUGUUUUAACACUAUUUUAAACUGCUAAUGUACGCGAUUCAAGGAUGUUAUUCUUUAGAGGCAAUAAUAUAAAAUAUAAUCUCCAUUUGUCUCGAAUACAAUUUUUGUUACUACAAUAUAUACAAUAUAUACGUGUAUAUGCAUAUUUCUAUCCGUUAAAAUAAAUAUUUGAUAUAAAGAAAAAUCUUUUUUAUUCGAAUCACUGCUUCGUCGUAUAGUACAAUAUACAGUACGGCAUUGAUUACGCAAUAUUUAUGGCACUAAUGAAAAACAAUAAAUAGAAAUUUGAAUCUUUCGAUAAUGCGUUGAAUGGAAAAAGAACGAAAGGGAAACGCCUAACGUAAAUGUUCAGGAACACUCGUUCCUAAUCGCCACGUGAGUGACUGCGAAAGAUAACACAGAUAGAUACAAUGCGGUCGUUCACGCGACAUUGGCAGCGUUGACCAAGAAUUUUUGUUUUGCUUUGUUUAACUUUGGCACCGUAACUUAAAAGUAACUCGAAAACCUCAAGCGCUGUCGUCGAAACAUCGAAAUCUGUCUCGAGAAAAAACGAAAUAAUAGAUCAGUUAUUCAAUGUUUUUUUUUACCCGGAGGAGAAUUUUGCACGUCUUUAGUUCCUUCUUUUUUCUGUCCCAACCUCGAACAACUGAAUGCGCGCGAUGUCUCCUUUGACCUCGAUCUAUAUUCUACAUUCUGUAUUCAAUGUCCCACGACCCUUGUUUGCAUUUCUGCGUUGGACAGGAGAGUAGAUUUCGAUCUUUCGAAUAAAUUUCGAAACAAUAUGUCACCGUUCGCAUCAAUACACGCUUCUGUCGAGGCUUGGCUACCCACGUAAAUUCUCGUCACAGACA